AUGGCUCUAGAAAACCUUGAUAUGCGACAGCGUCUGGAAAGGGAGCUUUUGAAAGAUGAAGCUCUCAACCAAGCCAAAAUUCUGAACUUGACUUCCCAAAACGAUGAACCCCAGUGGGCCGUGGCCAUCUCUUUAAGUAAAUCGAGCGGAAAAGACCAGGCAGAUGCCUCGAGCAUCAUAAAAAGAGCCCGUAAAGCCCUUCGGAAACUGAAAGAUCAAAAUAAGGACGAAAAAUUCCCAAUUCCCAAGAGAUGGACUAUUCUCGACGAGCUUCCAACGACCCCACAGGGGCAGGUGGAUGAGAGAGUCCUCUAUCGCCUGCUGACUGCUUGGGAUGUGACCGAAUCCAAUCUCUCGCCAAAAGAAAAGAGGGUACAUAUAGCUGCUCAAGCAGCUCGCGCAGAUAAUAACCGAAUUCCUCACGAUGAAAUACCUACGAAAGAAACAGAGCUAGUGUUACGAGAAUUCUGGGGCAGAGUGCUCAAUCUUGAACCUCAGGAUAUAGGUAUCAAGGACAAUUUUCUGGUCCUUGGCGGGGAUUCAAUCAACGCCAUAGAGCUUGUUGCAUUAGCCGAACAAUAUGGCAUCGGAUUAACAGUCACCGCAAUAGUUGGCAAUCCUGAACUCCAAAAGAUGGCCGCCAUGGCAGCUAUAGAUGAGGAAAAUAGCGACGCGUAUAUUGCCGAACCUCUGAGUUUGCUACCAAAGAUGGAGAUCGAUGCAACCAUAAAAGAAGUUCGGUCUAGAUGCCGACUGACAGAUGGCGAUAUCAUCCAGGAUGUCUUUCCCUGCACAGCCCUUCAGGCUGGUAUCAUGGCAUUAUCAGAGAAGCAGCCUGGCUUGUACAUGACGAGGCAGAUUUACGAAUUGCCAAGCCAUGUUGACAUCCCGCGAUUCAAGGCGGCAUGGGAAGAGACAGUGGACCGCUAUGACAAUCUUCGUACCCGAGUGCUGCCCGUUAAUGGCCAGACAAUCCAAGCAGUGAUUCAAAGUGAUACUGCUUGGGAAGAUACCGCUGGGGAAACGAUCGAGUCGUUCGUAGCGAAAUCUAAGGGCAUGAUAAUGACCUAUGGAACGCGCUUGUGUCGGUAUGGAUUAGUGACGGAUGUAGAUGGCAAGUCAUACUUUGUCUGGAUCAUUCACCACGCUGUAUUUGAUGGAUUGACUGCGCGCCUCAUCUUCGACAGCUUGUAUCAGAUAUACAAUGGCCAAGCACAAGGCAUCUUACGACCGUAUUCGAGCUUCAUCAAAUACAUCAUGUCAAUUGAUCAGGAUGCCGCGAAAGGUUUCUGGAAGACUCAGCUUCAAGACGCCCGCCGGGCCAACUUUCCUCGUAACUUGGGCACAAGAUCCGACAUGUCAAGCCGUGUAAUGACAAGGGAGAUUUCACUUCCCUGCACAGCCGAAUUAUCUGUCACAAAGGCGACAAUAUUGAGGGCUGCUUGGGCUAUAAUCUUGGCCCGAUAUUGCGAUACAGAUGAUGUAUGCUUUGGGACGACUGUUUCUGGAAGACAGGCUGCCGUCCAUGGAAUCAACCAGAUGCCCGGAUUUGUGAUUGCUACAGUCCCCGUUCGGAUUCGCCUCCAGCCUGGCGAGACUAUCGCUGCCUUCUUGCAAAGUGUCCAGGCUCAAGCGUCUGAAAUGGUUCCCUUUGAGCAAUAUGGGCUACAGAAUAUCGCAAAAAUCAGCGAAGACGCGAGAGACGCCUGCGAUUUCUCCAACUUAUUCGUGAUUCAACCAGCAAAGUCUCUGACCUCCAUGGCAGAUUCUGGAUCCAAAGACGUGAUAUUGCUGCGUGGCAGUGCUGCGGAGAAGAAACUAUCCGACUCAUCUACACAGAAUUACUUCAACUAUCCGCUCGUCCUUGAAGCUCUCCUUGAUGACGGUCGCGUUGACCUCCAAAUCACGUACGACUCGAAUUCAAUUAGUGGCGACGCACUCGAAGCAUUGUUCCAUCACUACGAACAUGUUGUUCAGCAGCUUUUUCAAGCGUCGGGUCAGUCGCUCAGCACAAUAGAAGUUGCUGGAAAAUGGGAUUUGGAGUGCGCAAUGAGGUUCAAUCCAGAGACGCCAGAGAAUGUAGACCUUUGCAUCCAUCAGAUGUUUGAGAACCAGGCAUUAAGACGGCCAACUGACCUCGCGAUAUGCGCUUGGGAUAAGUCGUUUACGUAUAGUGAGCUCAGCAGGGCAUCAAAUAGGCUGGCCCAUCAUCUUGUGAACAAGCUCUCCAUACAGAAGGAAGAUUUGGUUCACGUAUGUUUCGAAAAGUCAGCCUGGUUUAUCGUUGCCGUACUAGCUAUCAACAAGGCCGGCGCGGCCUGGGUCCCUCUAGAUCCAUCUCAUCCAGAAAAGCGGCUGAAAGAAGUCGUCUCACAGACCAGGGCAAAAGUUGCGUUGGCUUCGCCGACAUACUCAUCGCUAUGUGCUGGUCUUGUUGACUCUGUUGUCGAGGUGUGUUCGGCUUUGGAUGAGAAACUCGUACACUAUGAAUGUAGCGCACGAGGACCGAAAGUCAGCGUAUCUCCGCGGAACGCUGCAUAUGUAUUGUUUACAUCUGGAAGCACAGGAGUCCCCAAGGGCCUGGUAAUGGAACAUGGCUCUGUUUGCACAAGCCAAGUGGCGAUUGCCAAGCGACUUGGCAUGACGCCUCGCGUCAGGAUGUUGCAGUUUUCUGCGUAUGUAUUCGAUGUCUCCGUGGGAGAAAUUGUACAGCCGCUCAUCACCGGUGCCUGUUGUUGUGUGCCCUCGGAAGCUUCGCGCAUGAACAAUCUUGCCCAAUUCAUUCGCGACAAGCGUGUCAACUGGGCUUACUUUACGCCCUCUUUCGCGAGGACCAUCAACCCCAAAGAGGUUCCGGACCUUAAACUCAUGUUAUUUAUAGGAGAAGCCGUACAACGCGACGUCUUUGAUAUGUGGGUUGGGAAAACAAGGCUUAUAAACGCCUGGGGACCUGCAGAGACGUGCGUAUUCAGCAGUAUUCAGGAGUGUUAUUCGACAGAUGAGUCCAAUCUAAAUAUUGGGCGACCAGUUGGUGCGUUUUGUUGGAUUGUUGAUUCUACAGAUCCUCGGCGACUGGCACCGAUUGGAACUGUGGGCGAAAUCGUGGUUCAAGGCCCGACUGUGUUGCGAGAAUAUCUUUAUAAUCCGGACAAGACAAAUGAAGCAAUUGUCACUACAGUACCUGAGUGGGCACCUCACCGCGAGUCACGAGACUGGAACAGAUUUUAUAAAACGGGAGACUUGGCCUAUUAUAAUCCUGAUGGCACUAUGGAGUUUCUUAGCCGCAAGGACACUCAAGUCAAGAUCCGGGGUCUUCGCAUCGAACUUGGUGAUAUUGAGCAUCAAAUUCAAAAUUCUAUGAAAAGUGGAUGCCAGACGGUCGUGGAUGUCUUCAAGGCCGAGACAGGUUCUCUGUUGGUGGCCUAUAUCUGCUAUACAAAAGAAAGAAGGGCGACUAGCAAGGUCAACGUCGAGAAUGAUGAUAUUUUCUUGCCAUUCACGGACGAAAUACGAUCACAAGUCACAGAAAUUAUUGGCGAACUCAGCAUUUUACUCCCACCCUAUAUGAUACCCAAAGUGUUUAUUCCGUGCCAUUUCAUGCCAGUUGUAUCGUCGGCAAAGCUUGACAGGAAUAAGCUGCGAGACACUACACAGAGAUUGAGCCGACAUGAGUUGGCACAAUAUUCCCUGGCCUCUAGUAACACUAGGAAACCUGAGACAGCCGCUGAGAUUCGUAUGCAGCAGCUAUGGGCAGGAGAAUUGAAGAUUGCGGCAGAGUCUAUAGGACGAGACGACAGCUUCCUACACCUGGGUGGCGAUUCUCUGGUGGCCAUUCAGCUUGUAACUUCGGCCCGGAAGGCAGGCCUAUCACUCACUGUCAAAGACAUCUUCGACGAUCCCCGACUAUGGGCUGUAUCACUGAAGGCCAUUGAAAUUGAUGCCAGCGCUGCAGCGCUGCAUGAGAUUCUCCCAUUUAGUCUCUUGAACGGCCGAAUUAAUACCAACAAUGCUAUCGAGACAUUGAGGAAAUUGUGUAAUUUGUCAGAAGAAUUCGCUGUUGAAGAUGUAUUCCCGUGUACAUCACUCCAAGAAGGUCUCUUGGCAAUGUCAACUACUCGGUCGGGUUCGUACAUUGCCAAACAGCUGUACCGACUACCAUCGGACGUAAACAUUGCCAAAUUUCAAGCCUCAUGGGAGGAAACUGUCAGAGUCUGCUCCAAUCUGCGAACAAGAAUCGUCUUGGUUGACGAUAGCUGCGUCCAGGUCGUGGUAAAAGACGACGUGGCAUGGGAUUCAGCUGAGGGGACAAGUCUCGAUGCUUAUACACAAGCUUCCCAGAAUCUGGCAAUGGGUUAUGGAUCACGUCUUUGCUGCUAUGCAAUCAUUCAAGAGAAUGAAAAUGUCAACUACUUUGCUCUCAAUGCUCAUCAUUGCGUAUUUGAUGGAUGGAGUCUGCCACUCAUCUUCAAUACACUCUCCGCAAUAUAUCAUGGCAAGACCGUACCAAAACUCACACCUUAUGCCCAUUUUGUCAACUAUGCAAUGAGCUUGGAUAGAGAUGCAGCUGGAAAUUACUGGCGUUCCCAGCUCCAAGGCGCCCAGCCAGCUUCAUUCCCCUCUACUGAAGAGGCACAGUCGCAGCGCAAAGUGACCCGUGUGAGAACUCAUAGCAUCCAAUUUCCCCAACCUGUUAACCGAUCGGUUACCAAGGCAUCAAUCCUGCGUGCUGCCUGGGCAAUUGUGCUCUCCAGAUACAGUGACACGAAUGACAUCUGCUUUGGUACCGUAGCCUCGGGCCGCAAUGCCAAUAUGCAUGGCUUAGAAUCGGUUCCUGGAUUAGUUGUGGCGACGGUACCCGUCCGAGUUCGGCUUGAUGGCCAGCAGUCAAUUAAAUCAUUCCUUCAGAAUGUUCACAAUCAAGCCUUCGAAAUGAUUCCGUUUGAGCAAUAUGGCCUGCAGAAUAUUUCGAAGCUGAGCAAGGAAGCUCAGCAGGCAUGUGAUUUUACCAGCCUUUUAGUAGUGCAGCCGGCGCCCAUACAUGAUGCUGCUGACUCUCUAUUAACAUCGGUCAAUUCUAAAGGCGACCUUUAUGAGAAAAUGCUACAUAACUACCUCAGCUACCCACUAGCACUGCAGUGUUAUUUGGGAGAAGAUCAAGUGGCACUGGAGUUUAUAUACGACGAGAAUGUGCUCUCUGAUUGGAGGGUCCAAGCGUUGUCAAUACACUUUGACAAUGUUGUGCGACAACUAUGCGAGCAAGAAGACAGUAGCCUCGGUUCUAUUACGAUAGCUGGCUCUUGGGAUCUCAAGCAUGCCACAGAAUUGAAUCCCCCAAUAACUGUUGUUGAAAGCUGUGUUCCUGACCUGAUAUCCCAACAAGUUAUGAAGAGGCCGGAGCAUGAAGCUAUUUUCUCGACCGAAAGAUCUUUUACAUAUGCAGAACUCAACCGGCUAUCCAGCCUUCUGGCUUCCCACCUCUCAGAUUUAGGAGUAGGACCAGAUGUCAUUGUCCCGUUCUGUAUGGAAAAGUCCGCUUGGGGAGUUGUUGCUAUGCUCUCUAUCAUGCAAACAGGCGGAGCAUAUCUUCCACUAGACCCCUCACAUCCGAUAAAUCGAAGACGGAUGAUUGUGGAAGAAGUUGGUGCUAGUAUAAUUAUAGUGUCGCCUUUAACGUCUUCAACAUGCGAUCAGCUGGCCAAACACAUUGUUGUUCUAUCAGCUUCGCUGAUGGAGAGACUCUCUAUAUCUCUUCAACCUGCUUCCAAGAAAACAAAGAAGUGUUCUCCUAGCAAUGCUGCUUAUGUAUUAUUUACUUCGGGCUCAACGGGAAAACCAAAAGGCACAGUCAUCGAUCAUUCUGCCGCUUGUACUAAUAUUUUGGACUUUGGGAGGAUUACGGGAUGGAAUGAGUCUUCGAGAUGUCUCCAAUUUUCGUCUUACACAUUUGAUGUUAGCGUGGCAGAAAUCUUUCCCACACUUGCAUUUGGUGGCACCAUAUGUGUACCAUCCGAAACGGAGCGCCUACAGAACAUUCACGACUUUAUGCAAAGAGCAAAUGUCAACAUUGCUACUCUCACACCAUCAUUUACUCAAAUACUGGAUCCAAAUGAGAUCCCUCAAUUAGACAUUCUGGUCCUCGCCGGCGAGCCAUCUACUCGAGAUUUGUUGGAUACCUGGUGUAAACGAGUUAAGCUCAUCAACGGAUAUGGCCCAACAGAGACAACUAUGGCUUGUGCUACACACGAGUUCAAUAUAGAUGACAAUCCCACAAACAUUGGCCGACCUUUUAAUAGCGCCUGUUGGAUUGUUGAGCCGCAUGAUUAUCAUAAGCUUGCGCCUAUUGGUUGCGUUGGCGAGUUGGUCGUCCAAGGACAUACCCUGAGCCGUGGCUACAUAAAUGAGCCUGAAAAGACGCAGGCGGUAUUUCUCUCAGAACUUCAGUUUGUUGCGUCUGGACCGAGUCAUUUUUAUUUGACUGGAGAUUUAGUGAAAUACAAUUCUAGGGGAGAAAUGGAGUAUCUCGGCCGGAAGGAUAAGCAGGUCAAGAUUCGUGGUCAGCGUGUGGAGCUUGGAGAAAUCGAAGCCAGCAUCAAGCGCAUUAGACCGGAAGUUGCUCAAGUAGGCGCCGAGGUUCUGAGCCCGCCAACAGAUAAAUUUGUUCCAUUGGAUCAGAAAAUGCGUCGGCGUCUUAUUGCGCUAGUUGGUCAAUUAAAUGAAGAACUGCCAAGCUACAUGGUGCCCACGCUGACUAUACCUCUUCGUGAGUUACCAUUUAAUGCAGCGAUGAAGCUGGAUAGAGGCAAAUUACAGGCUUCAGUAAGGGACUUUACAAUGGAGGAGCUCAUGGCAUAUUCUUUGUCUGAGAGAGAUAGAAUCGCUCCAACGACAGAGAUGGAACUUAAACUACAAGCUCUAUGGGCUCGCGUGCUAAAGAUGGAGACUGAAAGGAUUAGGAAGAACGAUCACUUCUUCCAAACUGGUGGUGAUUCUCUUUCGGCAAUUCGACUUUCUUCUCUAGCAAACCAACACGGAAUCAAGCUAUCCGUAGCAACAAUAUUUUCUGAUCCUAAGCUAUCAGCAAUGGCCGCUGCUGUGAGCGUGGGAGACGUCGAGAAAGACCUUCAGCUGGCACCAUUCAGCCUACUUCCCUUCGAAGUGACAGAUUCAAUUACAAAAACAAUUCGAGAAAAGUGCAGCUUAUCAGAAAGUCACAUCAUUCAAGACAUAUAUCCCUGCACAGCCUUUCAGGAAGGCCUUAUGGCUUUAGCCACAAUCCGACCUGGCUCUUAUAUUGCGAAGAAUAUCUACAAAAUCCCUGCUCACAUCCAUGUAGUCGUGUUCAAAAAGGCCUGGGAACGGACGGUCGAGUUGUGUGAUAAUCUCCGAACACGAAUUGUGUCAGUUGAUGGAGCUUGUCUUCAAGUGGUGUUGGAUCGUGAUGUCUCAUGGGAUACGGCUUCGUCAUUGGACAUCCAGUCUUGUAUAUCAGAUUCACAGCAUAUCAGAAUGGAUUAUGGAUCACGACUUUCGCGCUAUUGUAUUCUGAAAGAUGACAGCGGCGAAAAAUAUUUCUUCUGGACAAUUCAUCAUGCCAUUUUUGACGGAUGGAGUCUUGGUGUUAUGAUCAAAACAUUAACCGCGUUGCUGAGAAAUCACGCCUUGCCAAGUCUCUAUCCUUUCCGGAACUUCAUCAAAUACUCACUGGAUCUGGACACUCAGGCGGCGAAUGACUACUGGAUGAAUCAAUUACAAGAUGCAAAGCGGGCUUCAUUUCCUUCUCCACCGACACGGCGACAACCCUGCCCUGAACCGAAGAGGACCAGCAUCUUCGUUAGUAACGUUAAAUUUUCUACUUCUAUGCGUGGCUCCAUCACGAAAGCUACGAUUAUGAGAACUGCCUGGGCCAUAAUUCUUGCUAAAUACUGCGACAGCAACGAUGUGUGCUUCGCAACAACGGUAGCUGGGCGGAAUGCACCUGUAGCCGGGUUAGAGUCCAUGUCAGGACCGACGAUUGCAACGGUCCCUGUGCGCACCCGUCUCGAUAAUAAUGAGAAAUUGGCAGAGUUCCUCGAUAGAGUUCAGAUUCAAGCCUCUGAAAUGGUCGCCUAUGAGCAGUUUGGAUUCCAGAAUAUUACCAAACUAAGCCCGCAGAUUAAAGAAGCGUGCGACUUUUCUAGUUUAAUAGUGGUACAACCUGCCGAAACGAAGGAAUCCGAUCCAGUCCUCGUAUCACUGAACUCGGACGAAAAACUUGCGGAAGAAGUUGUACAAAACUAUUUCACUUACCCUCUGAUUCUUCACUGCUUCCUUGGAGAAGGAACAGUGAAACUAGCAUUCAUUUAUGAGACCAGUGUGCUUGCAGUAUCCCAAAUUAGAGCCCUCUCGUUUCAAUUUGACAAUGUUAUUCAGCAGCUGACUGCUUCUGCCGGUUUACGCGUUGGAGAUGUUAAUAUUGCUGGAAAUUUCGACUUAGAAUACGCCAUAGCAGCAAACGGUCAACCUCCUGAUGUCAUUGAAGAAUGUGUUCAUUCACUUAUAGAAAGGGUGGCCAUAAGACAUCCGGACUUGCCCGCCGUAUCUGCCUGGGACGCAAAUCUCACCUACAAGGAGCUUGAUACCAUGGCUAAUAGACUGUCGAACUAUCUCAUCUCUGUAUUUGGCCUCAAAUUAGGAGAGAUAGUACAUGUUUGUUUUGGGAAGUCAGCAUGGUAUGUGGUCGCCACUCUAGCGAUUAGCAAAGCUGGCGCAACAUGGUCACCUCUUGAUCCCUCUCAUCCACAUGAUCGACAUACACAAAUUGUCAGCCAAACUGGAGCAUCACUUGCCUUGGCUUCUCCCGAAAAUAUAUCAAAAUGUGUUAAUUUGGUCGAAAAUACUCUUGAAGUGACAGAGAAGCUGAAUGCCCAAUUGAUCAACGAUGGUUGCUAUGAAAACAGACCUCAAGUAAAAGUGGCAGCACAACAUGCUGCCUACAUCCUCUUCACUUCAGGUAGCACUGGCAUUCCGAAAGGCGUUGUUAUUGAACAUGGUACUCUGUGUAGUGCUCAAACAGCCGCCAGUAAACGACUCGGAUUUGGUCCAGGCGUGAGAAUGCUACAGUUUGCGUCGUUUGUCUUUGAUGCAUCAGUCGCAGAAAUCAUUACCCCGCUGAUAUCUGGUGCUUGUGUAUGCAUUCCGUCGUGGGAGACUCGGAUAAAUACAUGUGCCCUAACUAGUUAUAUAAAAGAAGAAGAAGUGACUUGGGCUUUGUUGACUCCCUCAUUUGCCCGCACAUUACAUCCGGACGAUGUACCCAGUCUCAAGCUGCUUAUCUUAGGAGGUGAAGCGGUGGGACGAGAUGUGUUCGAUCUGUGGUUUGGUAAACUUCGAUUAUUCAACGCUUGGGGACCUACGGAGACUUGCGUGUAUGGAGCCAUCCACGAGUGGCAGUCUAGCGAAGAAUCGCAGCUGACUAUUGGGCGACCGCUUGGUGGGUUUUGCUGGAUUGUCGAGCCAAACAACUCUCAGAGGCUGGCUGCUAUAGGGACUGUGGGCGAGGUUGUUAUUCAAGGUCCAAAUCUGUUUCGCGAAUAUUUAGCAGAUGCGACGAAAACCGCUGUAGCAACCAUACAAGUUCCGGAUUGGGCACCAUACCGCGAUUCAAAACACUGGAGUCGCUUCUACAAGACCGGAGAUUUGGCCAUGUAUAACCCGGAUGGAACAAUCCAUUACGUUGGCCGUAAAGAUAUGCAAGUAAAAAUUCGUGGCCUUCGUGUUGAGUUGGGAGAAAUAGAGCAUCAUAUUCAUACUGGAUUGGACGGGGUUUGUCAAGUUGCUGUUGAUGUCCUGAAAACAGAUGUUUCUUCUACUCUGGUUGCAUUUCUCUGUUUCAAUGACGAUACAAUCCCCGCUGGUAUAGCUGUUCCGAAAGAUCUUAUCUGCUCACUCACAGGUGGCUUGAAGAGCUCGUUUCACAGUCUUCGUGAGCGCCUUAGCUCUGCUCUACCGACGUAUAUGAUACCGACCUUGUUUAUCCCUUGCAAGGCUAUACCACUAGCUACAUCGGCAAAGAUGGAUCGAAAGAUGCUACUUGGAUUAAUCGCGCAACUUGAUAGGCAAGAUUUAAACCAUUACACCCUGGAUGAUGACGAAGAAGGAAUCAAAGAAGCUCCAGUGUCGGAUAUGGAACGCCGCCUACAAAAAUUAUGGAGUGAGAUUCUCCAUAUUCCACAAGGAUCCAUUUAUCGGGAUACCAGUUUCCUUGGGAUUGGCGGUGACUCUGUUGCCGCUAUUCGACUUGUUUCUUACGCUCACCAUCAAGGCAUCUUGUUCACUGUCAGCGAUGUGUUUGAGGAUCCUCGCUUACUCGCCGUAGCGGCUAAGGCGCGUUUGCUGACGGAGGGUAUUGAAGAUACUUCUGUCCAACCUUUUAGCUUGCUAGGACGAGAGUACGAAGAUAUUGCAACGAGUAACUCGACCAAGAUUCUUCUUGGACUAUCCGGUGAAAACGAGAUUGAGGACGCAUAUCCAUGCUCUAGACUUCAGGAAGGACUAAUGGCUUUAGCAGUCAAACAACCGGGUUCGUAUAUCGCGAAAUUCAUCUAUCGUCUUUCUAAUGAUACGGAUGUUCCUAGAUUCAGAGAUGCGUGGGAACGUACCGUUGGGAUUGCCACAAAUCUGAGAACGCGGAUCAUUCAGUCGGGUGGUCAAUCCAUCCAAUUGGUUGUCAAGGAAGAUGUCUCUUGGGAUGUUAUUCGCAGUCAAUCACUGGAAGAUUACAUGCAUGAACUUCAAAGCGUUCAAAUGAACUAUGGCUCCCGCCUUCGCCGUGAUGCGAUUCUUAAAGACGAUGCUCAUAGGAAGACAUACUUCAUUCUAACUCUCCAUCACGCUGUUUUCGAUGGUUGGUCUAUAAGAUAUAUCUUCAAUAUGCUACAAAAGCUGUACUACGGUACCAAUGACAUUAGCAUUCAGCCAUAUUCUAGGUUCAUCCGGUAUAUCUUGGGAUUGAACAAUGAAGCCACCGUUCAGUAUUGGACGGCACAGCUUCAGGGAGCUAAGCCAGCUUCAUUCCCAAAGAAGAAUGUUUUGGAUUCGGCUGCAGGAAAUGCUGACAAUACUGGUAUUGUGAAUAAGAUGAUUGGAGUCCCUGCAAUAGCUACCCCCAGCAUAACAAUGGCCACAAUAUUGCGAGCUGCUUGGUCUAUUGUUUUAGCUCGGUACUGCGAAACAGAAGACAUUUGCUUUGGAGCCACCGUGUCAGGCAGACAAGCUCCAGUAUCUGGACUGGUCGAUAUGCUGGGGCCUAUCAUCGCAACAAUACCCGUGAGACUCCGAACUGAUCCCGGACAGUCCGUCUCCCAAUUUCUAUAUUAUGUGCAGGGGCACGCUACUGAGAUGAUUCAAUAUGAACAGUUUGGUGUGCAGAACAUUUCAAAGGUCAGCAAUGAUGCCAAAGAAGCCUGUGAUUUCUCGAGUCUGUUCGUUGUCCAGCCAAUGCAAUCUCUCCUUGGAGAUGGCGAUGAGAGCAUCAUGGUCGCUACAGAAGAAGGGAAAAAUGCGAACGCUUUCCACAAUUACUUCAGUUACCCUCUAAUCAUCCAAGGACACAUAUACGAAAGUCAAAUCGAAAUUGUGCUCAUUUAUAAUAAGCAUGUCCUCUUAGAGCCACAAUUGAUCGCACUUGCGCACCAACUUGAACAUGCGGUUCAGCAGCUUGCUACUCACACAGACAUGACUCUUGGGGAUAUGCCAAAAUCAUCAAGCUGGGACGUCCAACAGGCAGCUAAAUUUAACCCUGAGCUACCAGACAUUGUCGAUUCAUGUCUACACACCCUUAUCGAAAAGCAAGCUAUGAUUCGGCCAGACGCCUUAGCCGUUGAUGCAUGGGAUGGCAGUUUCACAUACGCAAGUUUGAAUCAGUCUGCAAAUCGCCUGGCGCAUCAUUUGACCAACAACUAUGGUAUCAAGACUGGUGACCUUGUGCACGUCUGCUUUGAGAAAACUGCUUGGUUUGUUAUAUCCAUAUUGGCUAUCAAUAAAGCUGGAGCCGCUUGGGUGCCGCUCGAUCCAUCUCACCCACCCCAGCGGCUUGCACAAAUUGUUUCGCAAACAAAGGCAACUACUCUCUUGACAUCGCCUACAAAUGCAUCAAUUUGUAAAACACUCUUCUCGAAUCUAAUUGAAGUUACCGAAUCACUUGAUGGGGAACUAACAAAGUCGUCAAACGGUGCUGAAGCAGAAUGCCCCAAGAUGAACGUAUCCCCUCGUGAUGGAGCGUACAUGCUAUUCACAUCCGGUAGUACAGGAACGCCUAAAGGUUUCUUGAUGGAGCACGGUGCUGUUUGCACCAGUCAGACUGCCAUUGCAAAAAGACUCGCGCUUACACCGGAAGUCAGGAUGUUGCAGUUUGCAUCAUAUGUGUUCGACAUGUCCAUUGGUGAGAUUAUUCUAGCAUUGGUGUCCGGUGCUUGCGUAUGCAUAUCUUCAGACCACACUAGGAUGAAUGGCUUGAAGGAUUACAUUCGAGAGAUGAACAUCACAUGGAUGUGGUCCACUCCAUCCUUCAUCAAAACCAUCAAGCCGUGCGACAUCCCGAACGUGAAGCUGAUAAUUUUAGCUGGGGAGGCUAUUCCACGAGAUGUAUUGACUACUUGGUUUGGUAAAGUCCGCCUGAUAAAUGGCUGGGGACCUGCUGAAACCUGCGUUUGCAGCACUCUACAUGAGUUCACUUCCGUUCAUGAAUCGUCUUUAACUAUAGGCCGACCCGUCGGUGGUUUAUGUUGGAUUGUAGACCCCGAUGACCCUUCGAAGCUCUCUCCUAUAGGGACCAUUGGUGAAAUCAUCAUUCAAGGUCCGACUUUAUUACGAGAGUACCUUGGCGAUCAUGAACAGACAACGAAGACAAUUAUGACCUCUCUUCCCGACUGGGCUCCGCACCGAGACUCGCAACAUUGGAGUCGAUCGUACAAGUCUGGCGAUUUGGGCUUCUAUAACCCAGACGGCACCAUUGAAUUUUCAGCUCGAAAAGACACGCAAGUCAAGAUUCGAGGUCUUCGAGUGGAGUUGAGUGAGGUCGAACACCAUUUCCAACUCGCUUUCCCACAAGCAAAGCAGGUGGCAGUCGACGUAUUUCGAUCUGACGGUGGAGCGAACUUGGUCGCAUAUUUUUGCCUGAGCAGCGAGACAAGAACUGAAGAUGAUGAUGGUAGGGACGGUAGCAAAGAUGACGGCCCAUUCCUGUCUAUUGACGAUGAACUACAGUCUCGCUUGACGGCAGUCGUCGGUGAGCUAACGGUGGCAUUGCCGCGUUAUAUGGUCCCAACGCUCUUCAUCCCCUGCAGCUAUAUGCCAGUAAUCAUUUCCACAAAGCUCAACCGAAAGAGACUUCGACAAUUAACGGCUGGGCUAUGCCAACAAGAUCUUGCCCUAUUUUCACUGGUUGGGACUCAAAAACGCGCUCCUGAGACACCCAUGGAGAGACUGCUACAAAAAGUCUGGGCGGAAAUCUUAAACAUUUCGAUGGAUUCAAUCGGCCGUGAUGAUAGCUUUCUAGCACUUGGUGGUGACUCUAUUGCGGCAAUUCAUUUGGCUAAUACUGCUCGCGAGGAUGGAAUAUUGUUGACGGCGAAGAACAUCUUCGAUGAUCCCCGUUUGCUAGCCGUUGCCGCAACAGCCAAAACCCUGGAAACGGUGAAAAAUGAAGCUUCUGAUCUGCCGUCAUUCGACCAACUCGAUAAAAACACACGAAAAUGGGUGACUGGAAAAUCUCUGGCAGCCAAACUUCAACUAUCAGGAAGCCAGUCGGUUGAGGAUGCCUACCCUUGUACUAAAUUACAAGAGGGCUUGAUGGUCCUCAGUUUGAGACAACCAGGUUCAUAUAUCGCAAAAUAUGUGUACAGGCUGUCUAAAAACUUGCAUAUUAACCGAUUUAAAUCAUCCUGGGAUGAAACUAUUGCGUCCUGCGGAAUAUUGCGAUCGCGUCUUGUUCUUCACGAGGGAACGUGUAUUCAGGUCGUGAUUAAUAAUGAUGACCUAUGGGAAGCUUCUAGCGGCAACUUGGAAGAUGCAAUGGAGAAAACUAAAUCACUUCGAAUGUCAUACAACUCGCAGUUAUCGAAAUUUACUAUCACCAAAGAUGAAGGUGGAAACAAUUACUUCUUGUGGACAAUUCAUCAUGCAAUUCAUGACGGGUGGACAAUCCCGGUCAUCUUGCAAACGUUCUAUCAAUCUUACCAUGAGCGCAUGCCUUUUAUUCCACAGCCAUUUUCCAAGUUCAUCUAUCAUUUGGCGCAAAUAGAUGAUUCUGCUGCUCGCGCUUACUGGACGAAACAGCUUGCAAAUGCCAAGUCGGCUGCAUUUCCAGCACCGAGACCUGCCAGUAAUUCUACCGGGACGACCCAAACUUGUGCAUUGACUACAAAGAUCAACUUUCCCACUUCAGCUAGUUCGUUAAUUACAAAGGCAACAAUUCUUCGCGCGGCUUGGGCAAUUGUCUUGGCCAGAUAUUGCGAUAGUGACGACGUUUGUUUUGGCGCCACUAUAUCGGGUCGUCAAGCAUCGCUGGAUGGUUUACUGGAGAUAGCUGGACCAACCGUAGCCACGGUGCCAGUGAGAAUCCGUAUAAACCCUGAGCAACUAAUAUUAGACUUUUUACAAGACGUUCAAUGCCAAGCAACUGAUAUGAUACCAUAUGAGCAAUUUGGUUUACAGAACAUCUCGAGACUGAGCCCCGAAGCCAAGGCAGCCUGCGAAUUCUCCAGCUUACUGUUGAUUCAGCCCAUGCAAGAGGCCGCUGAGGAUAGCAACUCAAGUGGUGUUAUGGAGGCUGUAGCCAAUGGGCGCAAUACACAGGAAAGCCUAUUGCAAAAUUACUACACAUACCCACUGGUUAUUCAAGGACAUCUCUUUAACGACCAUGUGAAUCUUGUCACAAUAUUCGAGACUGCGGUCCUGUCCCAAUCUCAGAUGAGCGCUCUUGCACGUCAGUUCAACAGUGUAGUAGAGCAAUUGGUCCUACAGCAAGGACAAAAGAUUGAUCAAGUAUCUGUCGCCAGCCCGUGGGAUGUACAAUUCGCUCUACAGGCCAAUAACGAUACGCCUACUAUUAUUGACAGUUGUAUCCACACUCUUAUUUCACAGCAAGCUAGACAUACACCAAAUGGCCUUGCUAUUCAUGCUUGGGAUGGUGAACUCACAUACGGCCACUUAGAGCAAGCGACUGAUAGACUAGCCUCGCAUCUAGUCCAUGAGUUCCAUACUCGUAUCGGAGAUAUCAUUCAUGUAUGCUUUGAGAAAUCUAUAUGGUACGUUGUGGCUAUUCUUGCUGUCAACAAAGCUGGCGCGGCAUGGGCUCCAAUUGAUCCCGCUCAUCCCGUACAACGACUGCAGCAAGUUGUACAGCAGACAGGCGCUGCCUUGACGAUAUCUUCUGCUUCUCAUGCGGCGUUAAGUACGGAAUUAACUAAGGAUGUGGUUGUGCUUGGCUCUGAGUUGUAUCAAAAAUUACAGGAUAAACCUGAUGGCAAAAUACCAAUUAUUGGUGUGACUCCUGACGAUGCAGCCUACAUCUUGUUUACCUCAGGAAGUACCGGAACACCUAAGGGAAUUGUUAUGGAGCAUAGAGCUCUUUGCACAAGCCAGAGACAUAUCAGUAAGCGACUGAACAUCACCAGCGAUGUGAGGAUGCUUCAAUUUUCGUCAUUCGUUUUUGACGUUUCUGUUGGAGAGAUUAUGUCACCUCUUAUGCAUGGCGCUUGUGUGUGCAUCCCCUCUGAUGCUAUGAGAUUGAAUGGCAAUCUAGACGAAUACGUUCGUUCCGCCAAUGUAACGUGGGCGUUCUUGACUCCGUCAUUCACAAGAACGUUAAAACCCGAGAAUUUCGCUGGUUUAAAAGUUCUAAUUCUUGUUGGCGAAGCCUUCCCACAAGAAGUACUUGAAACAUGGUGCGGAAGACUUCGGCUCAUCAAUGCCUGGGGCCCAGCAGAAACAUGUGUCUUCAGUUCUAUCCAUGAGUGGAAAGAUUCUUCAGAGAACAUUACGACUAUUGGACACUCGGUUGGAUCCAAUGUCUGGGUAGUUGACUCUAAUAACCCUCGUCAAUUGGCUCCUAUCGGUUGCCACGGCGAAAUUGUUGUCCAGGGGCCAGCUCUACUGCGUGAAUAUCUUUCUGAUGCCGCAAAAACAUCAGCAGCAAUAGUAAUAGACCUCCCUGAUUGGGUGCCCAAUCGCACAAGCAAGGGUUGGGACCGAUUUUACAAGACUGGCGACUUGGGCUACUACAGUCACAACGGCAACCUUCACUACGUCGGCCGUAAGGAUACACAGGUCAAAAUUCGAGGAUUGCGUGUUGAAUUGGGUGAAAUUGAGCACCAGAUACACAGCGCUCUCAACACGGCCCAUCAAGUUUCUGUUGACGUCUUUAGAAAUGACACCGCCACUCACCUUGUCGCCUACAUGUGCUAUUUGGACAGCACUAAGACACCACAGCAGAUACUUGAGCAUGGUGGCGAAGAUUUGCUCAUGACUAUGACUGAUGAGCUUCAUGCUACUCUGAAGGGACUAGCUGAUACACUGCAUUUGGCCCUCCCUCGAUAUAUGAUCCCAACACUGUUUAUUCCUUUGAACUACUUUCCACUUAUAUCAUCAGCUAAGUUGGAUAGGGUGAAACUCCGCCAGAUGAUCAGUAGCUUUUCUCAUGAGCAGUGGAACCAAUUUGCGCUGCUCGAUAGCAUACAAAAGCGCGGCCCCGAAACUUCUACGGAAGUCUGCCUGCAAACGAUUUGGGCAAAUAUUUUGAGAAUUCCUGCGGAGACAAUCAGCCGCGAUGAUAGCUUCUUACGUAUUGGCGGGGAUUCAAUCGGUGCUAUUCAGCUUGUUUCGUUAGCCCGUGAAGCGGGCAUUCACCUCGAAAUAAGCCAAAUCUUCGAAGAUUCGCGCCUCUGCCAUCUCGCGUCCAGAGCGAUAAAUAUUGAUCUAGCCACAACUGGGUUGAGUGACGAGAUUCAGCCGUUCAGCCUGCUUGAUCAGUCUACUAAAACUAAAGUCCUCGAUACUAGUCGCCGCGAAGAGUUUGGACUCUCAGAGAAUGAACUCAUCCAAGAUGCUUACCCUUGUACAAAACUUCAAGAAGGACUCAUGGCUAUCGCAGCUAGGCAACAGGGCUCAUACUUUGCAAAGCAUCUCUUUAAGCUGCCGCCUCAUGUCAACAUACCGCGAUUCAAAUUAGCAUGGGAGCAAACCAUUGCUGCUUGCAGUAAUCUACGGACGAAAAUAAUUCUCGUGGACAAUGUUCCCGUUCAAAUUCAACUGCAAGAGAAUCCCACAUGGGCAUCCGGAUACGAUAAUCUUGAGUCGUAUAAAAGCUCUUGCCAGAAUGCCAAAAUUGGCUACAACUCGGCCCUCUGCAUUUAUGUUCUAUUUCAAGAUGAUGGCGACAACUUCUUUGCUCUCAAUAUCCACCAUGCUAUUUUUGAUGGCUGGAGUUUGUCUCUAGCUUUGCAGACCUUGUCAGCGGCCUACCAAGGCGCAGAUUUACCCAAACUUGAGCCUUACUCGAAAUUUGUGAAAUAUGUCAGAGACAUAGAUGAGGGCUCCGCCGCGGAGUAUUGGCAGAAGCAGCUACAUGAAGCGAAGCCGGCAACAUUUACGCAACAAACAACUACAACCAGUGCCACCGUUCUCCGGGCCGCAUGGGCUAUUGUUCUCUCCCGUUAUUGUGAUUCGAAUGAUGUCUGCUUUGGCUCUGUUGUCUCAGGUCGCAAUGCUUCAGUCUCUGGACUCGCCUCUGUAACGGGACUCGUUACAGCCACAGUUCCAAUUAGGGUGAAACUUGGCCGCCAAUGCACUACAAAGCAAUUCCUGCAAGAUAUACAAUCACAGGCGCUAGAGAUGGUGCCUUUUGAGCAAUUUGGGCUUCAAAACAUCUCAAAGAUUAAUCAGUAUACGAAAGAAGCGUGUAGCUUCUCUAGCUUGAUGGUAGUUCAGCCAGCGAAGCAGAUGGGAUUUACAGAAAUUGGCAGCAGCUCUAGUCUUUUGCACCCGGCUUCGGAAGAUGACAACAUCGAACAAUUGAUUCAAAGCUUCUUUAACUACCCUCUCAUUGUUCAAUGCGAUCUGCUUGAUGAUGAAGUUGACUUGCUACUCAUGUAUGACACAAGCAUGUUUGUUCGUGAUCAACUCGCAGCACUUUCUCACCAGUUCAGCCAUGUUGUGGAGCAACUCCUCAACCCUGAUGAGGUACUUUUAGAAGACAUAUCACUAUCUAGUGCUUGGGAUUUCGAAAAAGCCGUCUCAUAUAACACGCAGAAUAUUGAGCUUGUCGACUCGUGUAUACAUGACUUGAUCUCUGCUCAAGCAUUACGCAAUCCCCACCACGAAGCCAUAUUUUCCUCGGAGACAUCAAUGACAUAUGGCGAAGUAGAUCAUCUUUCAACACUGUUAGCCAAUCAUCUUCGUCUCCUUAAAGUCACGUCGGGAACGCUGGUCCCCUUUUGUUUCGAAAAGUCGAUAUGGGCGAUUAUAGCGAUGCUUGGAAUUCUCAAGUCCGGUGCUGCGUUCGUUCCACUUGAUCCAUCACAUCCACGCGCUCGUCUAGAGGAAAUAACUAAGGAGACAAAUGCGAACGUGAUAAUCACUUCUCUAAGCUCUGCCUCAUCUUGUCAGGAUCUUGUGCCACAUAUUGUAGAACUGUCCCCUUCAUUCAUCGCCGCACUUGAAGCCACUGCCAAGCUGGAGUCCGAACACACAGCUUCGAAUCAGUCGACCAGCGAUGCUGCAUACGUAAUUUUUACGUCUGGGUCUACGGGCAAGCCAAAGGGCGUAGUUAUUCAGCAUUCCGCUCUUUGUACCAAUAUGAUUGGCUUGGGUAAGGUACUUGGAACCAGUCCUUCGUCAAGAAUUUUCCAAUUCGCUGGCUAUGUAUUUGAUGCCAUGAUUUACGAGAUUUUCGUGAUAUUGGUUUAUGGCGGAACAAUUUGCGUACCUUCAGACACUGAACGACUUCAAGAUGCGCCGACUUUCAUUUGCAAGUCGCGAUCUACUGAAGCCCUUCUUACGCCGUCUUUAGCUCGAACGAUAGUCCCAUCCCAAGUACCCACGCUUAAGAUGCUGAUUGUUGGCGUUCGUCUUAUCAAUGCUUAUGGUCCAACCGAGGGCUGCGUCAUAGCAACAAUGCACGAUGUUCGAUCAAGCAACGACUCACAUAGAAUUAUUGGGCAAGGAUUUAAUUCUGCUUGUUGGAUUGUCGACUCAGACGACCGCCGUAGGUUGACUCCUAUUGGAUGCGUUGGCGAGCUUGUGAUUCAAGGCCAUGCGCUAUCAUGUGGUUACCUUAACGACUUGGAGAAAACUCGCAAAGCUUUCAGCGACCAACUGGAUUGUCUACGCUUGACGCAAAAGUGCGAGCCUCGGAGGUUCUAUUUUACAGGAGAUUUGGUCAGAUAUGCCCCAGAUGGACUUAUUGAAUACGUUGGGCGGAAGGAUUUACAAGUGAAGCUUCGCGGUCAUCGAAUUGAACUUGGUGAGAUCGAGUAUCAAUUCAAAUGCUCCCUCACUACCGUUGAACACGUCGUUGUGGACGUUCUUCAUCACAAAUCAGGCAUGUCUCUCGUCGCUUUUAUUAGCUUUGCAGGAGCAGCUUCCGACGGCAGCCUCCUUCCACCCAUUGAUGAUUCAAUGCGUUCAUCGUUGGAGUCUAUACGAGCCUAUGUAAAGGCUCGCGUUCCACCUUACAUGAUGCCUAGUCUUAUCUUGCCGAUCAGUCACAUGCCUUUCGUAACUUCCAUGAAGAUGGAUCGCAGGAAACUACUUGAUUUGGCUGCUAGCUUGUCAAUGGAACAAAUGGCAGGCUAUUCUCCCAUCAAGCAAGAACGUGCCGAACCAAUAACGGAAAUGGAGAAAAAGCUGCUAGACUUAUCAGCAAAAGUCUUAAAAAUUGAUCCUUGUGAAAUCAGCCGGCAUGACAAGUUCUUGGAGAUUGGCGGCGAUUCAAUUACGGCAAUUCAGCUAGUAAACCUUGCUGGAGGAGCCGGCAUAAGUUUAACUGUGGCUGAUAUCUUUAAGGAUUCUCAAAUAUCGGCUUUGUCUUCGUUGGCGAGCAGCCAGCAGCUAAACGUAGUCACUCAUCUUGAACCCUUCACCCUCUUGCCACCUACCAAGCAAGACAGCUUGCUGCACGAAGUAUCUAGGCUCUGUGACCUAGACAACAAAGAGCUUAUAGAGGACGCAUAUCCAUGCACACAACUUCAGCAAGGUCUCAUGGCGUUAUCAAUCAAGCAGCCAGGCUCGUAUCUUGCGAAGAAUCUCUACAAGCUCCCAAAGCAUAUCGAUGUGAGUCGAUUUAAAUCAGCGUGGGAGCGCACAAUGGAAAUUUGCAGCAACUUGCGAACGCGAAUCGUUCUUGUGGAUGGAGCGGCUAUCCAGGUCAUCCUACGAAAUUGCCACGACUGGGAAUUUUCCGAUGGUGUUGAUUUAUCUACAUAUUCGCAAAAAGUGUCCGCAAUACGAGUGAGCUAUGGCUCUAAAUUGGUUCGAUACACAUUACUACAAGGCGGUGAAGAUAAUUAUUUCGGUCUCAUUAUGCAUCACAGCGUAUUCGAUGGCUGGUCAAUGGGUUGUAUCAUGGGCACGUUGGAUUCCAUCUAUCGAGAAAAUGAGCCACCAUCUUUGGCUCAGUAUGCUCGCUUUGUCAAAUAUACUAUGGAACUCGAUCGCGAUGCCGCUCGGAAAUAUUGGCUGGAGCAGCUUCAUGAUGCCAAAUGCGCUUCCUUCCCUUCAAAUACGAUUACGACCUCUUCUGCCAACCCGGUUACUGGCUACGUCAGCAAAGAAGUGGAUUUUAGCAAUUAUCCCAAGACCUCGAUUACUAAAGCAUCGAUUAUUAGAGCUGCAUGGGCUAUUGUCCUCGCCCGCUAUUGCGACGCAAACGAUGUGUGCUUCGGGGCCACUGUUUCAGGCCGGAAUGCAGCUCUCGUUGGCGCUAACUCAAUGCCUGGAGUUAUGCUUGCCACAGUUCCAGUUCGUGUUCGGCUUGACAAAGACCAGACAAUAUCUGAUUAUCUUGGCAAUAUUCAGCAUCAAAGCAGUGAGAUGGUUGUACACGAACAAUUUGGUCUGCCUAAUAUCUCUUCGCUCGGUGCCAAUGCCAAAGAUGCUUGCAACUUUUCCUCUUUACUUGUCAUCCAGCCUGCUGGAUUUUUCACAGGCGGAAGUCAAAACUCGGAUACCAUUCUGAUAGAUGAGACUUCCGAACAGGAAUUAGAAGAUAGGAUUCAGAACUUUAUCAACUAUUCCCUUGUGGUACAAGGCCUACUAUACGACAAUAAAGUUGAGAUUGUUCUUAUGUAUAACAUGGAAUGCAUGGCUAAAUCUCAAGCUGUGGCCGUUUCUGAACAGUUGGACCACGUAAUUCAGCAGCUGCUCUCCAAUACUAAACAAACGUUAAGAAGCAUAUCUGUCGCAGGCUGUUGGGACCGUCAGCAAGCAAUCAGGUGGAAUACGGCAUGUCUUGAACCUGCGAACGAAUGCCUCCAUGAUCUUGUCUCGAAACAAGCCCAGCGGCGACCAGGGCACGAAGCAAUUUAUUUUACCGGUGGAAGCAUUUCUUAUGCCGAGCUCGAUCUUCUUUCUUCACAACUCGCGAUUUUCCUACAAGAAAAAGGCGUCAAGUCAGAGUCGCUCGUGCCGAUAUGUUUCGAAAAAUUACCAUGGACCAUUGUCGCCAUGCUUGCUAUACUCAAAGCCGGCGGUGCUUUUGUCCCAUUAGACCCAGGCCACCCUGUUGCUUGUCGCCAAGCAUUGCUUAAUGAGAUCGGAGCUCAAAUCAUGAUUGCGUCUUCCUCUACUGCAACCGAGUGUGCGCAGAUGACCAAGACUGUUAUUGAACUCUCACCUACUCUGAUAUCAUGUCUAUCUGGCAUUAAGAAGACUAAAAUCGUAAAUACAGCUACACCAUCAAGCGCAGCUUAUAUGCUCUUCACAUCGGGUUCCACUGGCAAACCGAAAGGCGUUAUUGUCGAACAUCAGGGCAUUUGCACGUCUCUGUUGGGUGAACACAAAGCAUUCAACACUAAUGAGAACUCACGCUGGUUGCAAUUCGCGAAUUACGUAUUCGAUGCUUGUAUUACCGAAAUAUUUGCUGCAUUAACGGCCGGAGGCACUGUAUGCGUGCCUACCGAGGCAGAACGAAUGCAUCAAACCUCAAAGUUCAUAACGGAUGCGCAAGUGAAUAUCACUCUACUAACACCCACGGUCGUCAAAAAUCUAGCUCCUGAAUCAGUGCCUUCACUCAAGACUCUUAUACUUGGUGGUGAAGCUGCAUCAAAAGAUAUCAUCGAGACAUGGUAUGGACACCUGGAUCUGCGCAACGCCUACGGCCCUGCAGAAGCUUGCAUUGCUUCCUCCGCUCAUAUUUAUACAUCUGCCACGAAAUCUGCCACAGCUAUCGGGCGUGGAUUCGCUCAUCAUUGCUGGAUUGUAGAUCCUAAAGAUCACCAGCAACUUGCACCCAUUGGCUGUAUUGGAGAGCUUUUGGUGCAGGGUCCUGCCUUGGCACGAGGAUAUUUCCAAGAUGAAAGCAAAACGAAGAGCUCGUUUGUCGAAGAUGUCAGCUGGUUGCCGAUGGAAAAAAAAAAAUUCCGACGAUUUUACAAAACCGGAGAUUUAGUUCGAUACGGCGAUGAUGGUAUCAUGGAAUACCUUGGGAGAAAGGACACACAGAUCAAAAUUCGAGGACAACGGUUAGAAGUGGGAGAGAUUGAAUAUCAGAUGAAGGAGUUGGAAACAACAUUCGAACAUGUUGCGGUGGAUGUCAUCCAUGAAAAGCAUCUCGCAGCAUUUGUGAGUUUCAGAAAUGGAGAAAAUAUGGACAGCACAACAGAAAAUGUCCAAUUCUUGAGCAAAGAUGAUGCUAUGGGAGAAAUGUUAUCUCAGUUGUGGGCUAACAUGAACCUCAUUUUACCUCAGCACAUGAUACCAUCAUACAUCAUACUAGUGGCGCAUAUGCCUCACAAUAGUGCUGGCAAACUUGAUCGAAGACUAGUUCAGCAGACAGUAUCUCGUAUGUCUACAGAUGAGCUGGCUCAAUACUUGUCUGGUCAGCGGAAGAUCUUCCGCGAGUGUUCUAAUGAGACUGAGUUUUGGAUUCGGUCACAAUGGGCGCAUGUGUUAAAUCUACCUGCAGAAUCGAUCAGUGUGGACGAUAAUUUCUACCAUCUAGGUGGUGAUUCCAUUCGUAUCGUCACCCUUGCCAAAGCCAUUCUUAACGAAUAUGAAGUUACUUUAGGCCUUUCUAUUCUAAACAGCAAGCACACAACAGUGAGCAGCAUGGCCAAGUUUGUCCACAGUGCCCGCGAAAAUACUACCGAGGGCAGACCAAUCGUGGAUCUCAUGGAAAAGAUACAGUCAAUUCUCAAAGGAAUCUCGGCUACCACAUUGAACAAUUUGGCUAAACACCCGAUUAUGAAGCCAUCUCAGAAUUCGAUCGUCUUUCUUACAGGCUCCACAGGAUUCUUGGGGACGGAACUUCUCCGACACCUGUUGCGCAAUAGCUCAAUCAAAUCCGUCAUAGCACUUGUUCGAUGCAAUUCACCACAGCAUGGGCUAGAGCGAAUCAGAGCAACAGCCCAGGCAGCUCGAUGGUGGAAUAAGCACGACGCGACGAAGAUCGAGGUUUGGGUCGGCGACCUAAGUAAACAUCAGCUAGGACUUAACGCAUCUCAAUGGGAGCGACUUUCGGGAAUAUCUAGGCACCACGGCAAUAUCGACGCCAUUGUCCACAACGGUGCCGUGGUCAACUGGAAUGCGGAUUACGAUAAGCUUGUGGCGCCAAAUGUCAGCUCGACUAUUGAUCUGCUAAAUGCUGCUGCUUCAUCCCCGAUUCAUCCCCGGUUCGUCUUUGUUUCCGGGGGGCUGAAAACAGACCCGGAUGAGAAUCCGGAGGCAGUGGCUAAAAGGCUCGGUGGGCUGAACGGAUAUGUCCAAACCAAGUUUGUGUGCGAAGGCGUCAUCCAAGAUUUUGUGAAAGGCUUGCCGAAAGAGCAAAACAGACUAUCCAUAGUCAAGCCCGGUCGUAUCAUCGGUUCAGAAAGCAACGGAGUCGCCAAUGUUGAUGAUCUGAUUUGGCGUGUUGUUUCAGGAGCUGCCGCAAUCCAUGCUUACCCGGUAGAGCCCUCGGAAAAUUGGAUGUACGUUGCGGAUGUUGACAGCGUUGCUUCCACGGUUCUGAGUCAAGCCUUUCGUGAGAAUGCCAUUGACUCUUUUGUCCAUGUGACAGGCGGUAUACCAACACCAGUGUUCUGGGAAAUGGUUAAUGAUGAGCUGAAAGUAAAGUGUAAACCCGUAUCAUGGGCCGAAUGGAAAGAGUUAGCACACGCUUCCAUGGCUGCGGUUGGAGACGAGCACCCUCUUUGGCCAGUUCAACACUUUCUGGGUGCUCUCGGUGCUCCAAGAUCAGCGAAAGAACUGGCUACUGAGUCUUUGGAACACAAGCAAUGGCACAAAGCAGUCAAGAAGAAUGUGCGAUAUUUGAUGGAGAUUGGGUUUAUUGCAUCGUCUGCCGGGGAGUUAGGAAAAGUGAAGGACGGUGCCAUUAAGCGGUUGCAUUAG